GACCAGUGCGUCCGGGAGUCGAUACAGCUGAAGCCGGAAUGCCCUGCGUGUCGCAAAUCAUCAAAUGAGAGCCACAUUAGGAGCGACUCGGCAAUAGAGGCUGCUGUUGCUGCUUGGAGGAACGCAAGAGCAGAAGUAUUGCGACUUUGUCAGGAGGAAGAUGCCCGGAGGAAUGCUCCCCCUCCCUCAAUCUCACACAGAAAGCGUAAACGAAGUCCAGAAUCAACGUGUCAUUCUACCCCCCCUGAAUCAUCCACCGCCAACCCAGUGUCAGUCUCCUCUUUGCUAGGCAGUCGCCUUACCUGCGUCGCAGACGACGCCCCCGUCCAAUGCCCCAUCUGUAGCAAACGCGUGCAAAUGAGGUUCAUCAACGCACAUAUGGACAACGGCUGUCGCUCCCCGUCCUCCUCAGACGCCGAGGGAAACGGUCGUCCCCCUCGGUCAAAGGGCGACCAGAAGAAUGCAUGGUCAAAGAUUCUGGGCGGGGGCGGGAAGGGUAAAGAGAAACAACGGUCAGUCGAAGCUCAUCUCCAGGGGAAAUAUACGGUUCUAAUCGGUAGUAGAGACGAUGAAUGGCUGCCCCUCCCAAAAGCCUCGUAUCACACGCUGAAAGACAAACAACUGAAAGACUUACUAAUCGAGCAACAGCUCCCGACAACCGGUGACCGCCAGACCUGGGUUACGAGGCAUCAGAGAUGGGUGCUGCUGUGGAACGCCAACCUGGAUAAUCAACCCGGUCAGCGGAAGAGCGUGAGCGAGCUCCGGACGGAGCUCAAGAGGUGGGAAGAGUCGCGUAGUAAAGCAAAGAAAGCACCGGUGGUCGAGGAUCCCACUGCUUACGAGAAAGCGAACAAGGAUCAAUUCGCUCGCCUAAUUGAGGCGGCCCGACCGAAGAAGUCCGUGAGUCCUGGCGAGGCAGCAGUGGAUAAACCUCCGGAUUCACCAGCAGCCUCUGGGAAUGAUGAUGACCCGGACGUUAUUAUCGUGGAUUGA